AUCUCUAACCACAGCUAUUGAGCCAGGUUUGUGUGGCUGCCCGCUCCGCAGUCUCUUCCCAAAACUGUGUCGGAUUGCAGUGCAUGCUGAUCGUUUGCAAAGAGUAAUUUGCCGUGUUCCAGCCUUCUUACAUUCGUAUUCCGUGACUCGCUACAACAAAAGAAGGCUGCGUAUUCUGACUUUUUUUUUCGUUUUUCUUUUGUGUGUGUGUUCCGUUACUGAGGACCUUUUCAUCCACGGGGUGUACCUGUGUCAGCGACAAAAAAUUUUUACUCUAUUUUAUAAUUUUUUCUCCGUCUUUUAUAUAUCGCUCCUUUCAUCGGUCUUUGUUCGCUGUUCUCCACAAAUCAAAGGAAACUGUAUACUUUUUCCUACAUGGCUAGCGCCACUAUUGGGGACUAAGAUCGCAUGAACAAGAUGUACGACUUUCCGGACAUACCGUUUCGUCUUUCAACAGCAGUCAAACACGAAAUUGAAAGCGCUGCCGACUACUCGUGUAAAACGGAGAUAUCUUUGUUUACCGGACAGAGAGACUUUCUACCAUCGGCGUGUUACUACAAGGAAAAUCAGAUUCAGGUUCUGGUUCCCAACCGGUUGCCAGGUUCCGACAAUGAAUGAUUACAUCAAUCGUGGAUACGACGAACCGAAAAUAGGAUCCCCCUUUGGAGCCUAUUACUUAGAACAUCCCCGCUUAGGAGGCACGCCACUUGCUAUGCUUGCCGCACAAUGUAACAAACUCGCCAGCAAAAGCCCACCCCCGCUUGCCGACGCAGCUGUUGGGAAAGGAUUUCAUCCUUGGAAGAAAGGGGCUCAACCCACUUCGUCUCCAGGAGCUCAUCCACUGGCAACGCAGCGAGUCACUACUCUGGCCAACAGCAGUGCUCCAUCUCAUUUGAACUACCAAAGACCGACGGUAACCUCAGCCUGUAGUUCAGCAUCAUAUGGUGGUGAAAAUCUCUUUUAUCCAGGCGCCGCCGUCACAUCACCGCAGGGAGACGGUGGGCAAGGAUCUCUCAUCGGCAAAGUGCACGGAGACUCAUCUCACUUGGGUACCAUGUACUCAAGAGUGGCAACUCAUCCCUAUGAGAGUUGGCCAUUCAACAUGAAUGUCGCUGGCGGACCUCAUGGACCCAUCAAGACUGAAGUGUCUUCAGUGAACACUUUAAACUCUACUUCCUGGUGGGACAUGCAUGCUGCAUCCGGAGCCGGUCCAUGGUUAGAUAUGUCUGGGGCAGCAUCCGGCUUGCAUUCUCAGCUACCAGCAAAUUACCCGACUUCAGAUUAUGGAUUAGGCCCCAGCUUGGCUGCAUCCAACACUGCCCACCUGUUGUCCUCUGGUCAACAUUUGCUCCAAGAUACCUAUAAAUCGAUGCUUCCGUCAGCGCAAGGACCUUCGGUGGGAGGACCUUUUGCCCUCAGCCAGCCCUCGUUACCGCAGAUGCCUUCGCCGCGGUCGCAGAGACGCUACAGCGGACGGGCAACAUGCGAUUGCCCCAACUGUCAGGAAGCCGAGCGUCUGGGCCCCGCAGGGGCACACUUGAGGAAGAAGAACAUCCAUAGUUGCCACAUUCCGGGCUGCGGCAAAGUCUACGGUAAAACGUCCCACCUGAAGGCGCAUCUCAGGUGGCACACGGGCGAGAGGCCCUUCGUGUGCAACUGGCUGUUUUGCGGCAAACGUUUCACGCGGUCCGACGAACUCCAGCGGCACUUACGAACCCACACGGGUGAAAAGCGGUUCGCUUGUCCUGUGUGCAACAAGCGGUUCAUGCGCUCAGACCAUCUGAGUAAACACGUCAAGACACAUAAUGGUAAUGGAACCGAGAAAAAAGGCUCCAGCAGUAGUUGCAGCGAUUCCGAGAACAGUCACUCCGAACCACCCAGCGUCAAUUCUCCUGUUUCUGUUGGCACCCCUCCUCUUGGUCUUCACAAUGAACCUAUGGGUCCAGAUGGAACUCCAAAGUGAAAUGUAUGAAAAUAAUAAUUAAAAAAAUAUAAUCGCGUAUACACAAUGGAAACCUUAUCCCCUAGAGCUUUCCCUCCUUCUUUUUUUUAAUCCUACAAUUUCGUUUAAUUUGCUGCAAUGUAUAGUGUCGAAUCCUCAACUGAAGUGGCCAAAAGUACUAUAAUGUCACCUCGCUGUACAUUGCAUGGUCGUUUCCAGAGCUUUAAAUUUCAUUCCUAUUUAAAGGAUUCAACGAAAGCAUGCUGAAGAAAAAAAACUGUGUCUUGUCAAAACUGACGGAUUUUAUCCUUCAAACUUAUCUAGUUUCAAAUUAAAAAUGUUCAGUCAGAAGAUUUCAGAAGCUUUGUUGUUUAAAAUACGAAGAGAAUUCAGUUUACAAGUAAUGAAAAUAUUUCAGCACAUAUUUUAACUCAAGGAGUCUCACAAUUCUUCUUUUAAUUUUAAUCUUUUUAACUAAUCUCACGAAAUUUACAUAGAACUGUUUCUGUCUGUUCUGCAUUCGUACUCAAGUAGAAUUUCAGCUACUGGAGGCGGCCAUGGUACAUUGUAUAUUGUGUACGUAAAUGUAUGCGUGUGUGUGUGUGUACGUACGUGUGAAGCUUGCACGUGACCCUGCUGCCUGAAGUAGGACUUCUUUAAUGUGUACAUGCAUGUCAUCGUGACUUUUAAAUGGACUCCUAAUCGACGUUCUCUGUUUUUCGGCAUCGAAUAUCAAGUUAAUCUAAAAAAAUAUAUAUAGCAAGCAAACUGUGACUUAAGGUGCCGCCUUAUGUAACUGUAACCUGUUGGUUAUGCUCCUGUAUAGAACUGAGAACAUUUUCAGUGUGCACUUAAAUGUUUCAUUAUUAUCAUGAUGAUGAUUAACAAACUCUGAAAAUUACUGGAGUUAAAAAAAAAAAAAAAAGAAAGAUUCGCAAAUUUUAGUAAAGAAGAAGGAAACAUUAUUUCUAUUGACUUGUGUGAAAUUUUUUUUCUAUUUUUAGCUGUUGUAUGAAGAAUUCACCAUAAAUAGUUUUGAAUUUUAAGAAGUAUUUUGAAAAAUAAUUUAAUCUUUAAAACUUAAUUUUGCUUAAAAAUUGUCUAUAAAAUGUUCUACUCAUUCGUUAAGGAAAAUAGAGAAUGAUGUAAACUUUGCUAUAGUAUCAAUUUAUUCAGAUUUUUAAAAGUAUAAAUUUUUCCAAAGUGUCUGUUGUGUACAAGGAAGCAUUUACAACGAAAAUUAUUGUUUUAAUUAAUAAUUACUUCAUAUUAUUUUAAAUUUUAUGAUUUAAUUAAAAAAAUUUGAAGCUUGCUGAAUUAAAUUUAUAGAUUGUAUUUUCGAAAUGCAUGUUAAAAAUAUAAAGUUCAGAUAAUAAAAGUAAAAUUAAAUUUUCUUAAGAGUAAAAUGGCUUAAAAAAUUUAUUCUAAUAUAUUUCCUUUUUUGAAUGAGUGGAGAAAUUACAUAAGGGAAUGUUAAAUAUUUGAUCGUUAUUAUCAUGUAGCACUGAAACUUUAACAUUAUGAUAGUCUAAAAACUUAUGUCUGCUUGUGACGGAAUUUAUUAUAUUAUAAUUAUCUUAGAGUAUUCUUGAUUGCUCACAAUAUCAGAGUUAUGAUUAUUACUUUCAUCAUAAAAAUGUAAUUAAGCCUCUAAUUUGGUAAAUUAUUUGUUUUCAUGAAGCAAAUUUAUCUGUGUUCUAAAGGAAUCAUAUAGUAGCGCAUCAAUAUAUCUAUGUUUUUAAAACGUAUUUCGAGUCAAAAAAUAAAAUAAUUAGUUAAAAAGUAAAUAAUUGAAUAAAAUGAGUGUAUUUUUUUAUGAGAAUAAUAUACUGUUUAUAUUUUUAACCUUUUUUUUAAUUCAUUACACAAUAUCUUAGACAAAAAUCAUUUGGAACAUCGAAUGCACACCUAUGAGACAGUGUCAAAGAAGUCUGAGACGUGUUCCAUCUGCAGUGCGAGGGAAUGUUUAAGGCACGCAAAAGGCGAUGUGUGGUUAAUUAUGAAUCUAAAGAUAAAUGUUUAAAAAUUGUUUAAAUUCUACAGUCUCAUUGGUGUGCUGCGAUAUAAAUGUAUUUGCGAUCGGUCGUGAUGAGAUACUCUUGUAUUUGUUUAUCGUUAGCUGUGAGUCGGAAAUUUAGUAUGUGGCAAUCACACAUCGCCAAUUAGCGAGCCUAAAAUACUUUCUUCGCAUUCCAGAGGGGCACGUCUUAGGUUUCAUGGUUUGGAAUUCUAGAUGAAGGUUGAAUAUUAAAAUAAUUGUUCUUUCUUUGUAUUAUGAUAACUCUAAAAAACAAUUAUCUUCUUUAUUUUAUUUUAUUUCGCGAUUUUAGCUGACUGAUAAAAAAUUUUCCUUUAACGUGUUUUUCCAUUGAAAUAUUUUUUAAAUUUUACAAUAUUGUUUGACUUUAGCUCAGUAAAAAUUUCUUUUAUAAAAUAAUAUUUCUUUAAUCAUGUUUAAAAAAAUAAUCCUGGACCUCGAAAAUUAAUUUAAAUUUUAUAUUGAAACAGCAAAGCUAAAUUUUAGCUUGAUUUCUUUAUUUUAUUGUUAUCAAAUUUGAUCUAUAUAAAAAUUAAGUUGUCUAUGGAAACUAUUUAAUUACAUCUGAUAUAAAAAAGAAGAUAAAAGUAUAUUGUGUAAAACGAAUGAAGCGUGUAUACUUGCAAUUGUCAUUGCAAGUGGAGUUCAUGUACUGUUAUAAAAUGAUGUGAAUAAAAAAAUUUUCUGUUCAAGGA